AGUCAAAGUGUCUCGCUGGUGUGCUCUCUCACUCACACUCAUACACACACAUUCUCUCCACAGGAAACCGUGAGCCAUAAUGUGACGGCACCUCGGAGCAGACGGCCGCCUUUGCUCAAUCCAAGAGGGGAUCCGGCUGUGGCUUUGAUAGCGCGUUAAUUACUCAUGUGAUGUGAUACAGAUGUCUGGGGGCUUCAGCUGAAAGUUUGGCUGACGCUUUCCGAGGGGGCCGGGCGGCAGACAAUUUUAUAAGAAGCGUGGAAUCAAAGCGCAGGAAGACAGUGUUCCAUAAUGGGCAACGCGGCCUUGCGUAUGCUGCUGCUAAUGGCUUGUAUGGCGGCCAGAGGAAUGUGCCAGAUAAACAGCACUGGAGCAGAGGAGGAUGACCCCGACCCGGGAUAUCUCCAGCACUCCUCCACCCUCGAGCCCAGCACGGGGCCCGGGGCCCACCCGGAGGCCGCGGUGUCGGCCAACGCCACGGUGGCGAGGAGGCCCGUGCCGCCGCCCAUGUGUUUGGUGACGACCUCCGUCAACAUCUACUUCAAGUACAUCAACACGCUGAUCUCCGUGGUGGUGUUUGUGGUGGGCCUGGUGGGCAACGCCACUCUGCUGAGGAUCAUAUACCAGCACAAGUGCAUGAGGAACGGGCCCAAUGCCCUCAUCGCCAGCCUGGCACUGGGGGAUCUCAUCUACAUCGUCAUCGACAUUCCCAUCAACGUAUACAAGCUACUGGCAUCACGGUGGCCAUUUUACGACAGCCCCUUCGGCCUGUUCCUCUGCAAGCUGGUUCCCUUCCUGCAGAAAGCCUCAGUGGGCAUCACCGUCCUGAACCUGUGCGCCCUCAGCGUUGACAGGUACAGAGCCGUCGCGUCCUGGAGUCGAGUGCAGGGCGUCGGGAUUCCGCUCCUCACCGUCAUGGAAAUCCUCACCAUUUGGGUCCUGUCGAUGGUGCUGGCCAUCCCCGAAGCCGUCGGCUUCGACAUAAUCAGCUUUAAGUACCGGAACGAAACCCUCCACACCUGCAUGCUGCAGCCCAAAUCGGACUUCAUGGUGUUCUACAAGGAUGCGAAGGACUGGUGGCUGUUCGGUUUCUACUUCUGCGUACCGCUAACCUGCACCGCCAUCUUCUAUACCCUGAUGACCUGCGAAAUGCUCAACAACAGGAACGGCAGCCUGCGGAUCGCCCUGACCGAGCACCUCAAACAGAGAAGGGAAGUGGCCAAGGCUGUCUUCUGUCUGGUCCUCAUAUUCGCCCUCUGCUGGUUCCCGUUGCAUCUCAGCAGGAUCCUAAAGAAGAUGGUUUACUACCCGAAUGACGAGACACGCUGCGAGCUGUUCAACUUCCUUCUGGUCAUGGACUACCUAAGCAUCAACCUCGCAACAAUCAACUCCUGUAUCAACCCCAUCAUUCUCUACUUUGUCAGCAAAAAGUUCAAAAAUUGCUUUAAGUCGUGUUUGUGUUGCUGGUGCUACUCGGAAAGCCAGCUGAGCAGCUUCGGAGCAAUGAACGGCACCAGCGUCCAGUGCAAAAGUCCCGAGCCCAACAACCUUCUCACCGACCGCAGCCUGCGGAAAGACAGCGACUGAACACUUGGCACUCAGGCACUAUUAUAAACAGUUAGCCCUCCGAAAUAUAUGCAUUAUUAUGACACUUUUUCAGAAAUAUACUAGGACUCAUGAUACCGCCUUGCAUGAAAGUGGCAGAGGCACCUAGGAAAAAAGGUUUCAAAGGAGCAGACAAGUUGCCUGGAGGACUUCUAAGUCAGGGGAUGCAUUUAAACUGUGAAUUACCGUCACAAUUCCAGUAAAAAGGGCAGGAUGGCGCGACGCAACGGAAAAGAAGACAACCGUCUGUCAGAGAAAAUGAUGGGAGAUGAGCGCGCGCGUCCAUCCCAGGAGUCGGAAAUCAGGAACGCGUGUUAGCGACGACUUAUUCUCCAUUGAACACGCCCGUGGAUGUACUCAUUAUUCAUUUAGCCUCAUUGUGUCACCAACUUCUGCGCUUAAAGUCGCCCGACAUCGUGAAUAUUUCACAAACGAAUGGUCACAUUGAGUACAUAGGAAAGAUUUCCUCACAGAACAAUGUGACGGUGACACUAUAUUCAGGAUAUUUAUGCUCAUGUUAUCCACAAGACAUUUACCUGUAUGUGCACUUUUAUAAAGUGUUUUAUUUGGCAGUAUUAGCAAGUAUUAAUUGAUGACAAAGGCAGGUAACCAGUAAUACAGCGAAACCCCACAUAUUCCCUGUACUGGAACAGCUAGCCUGGCUUUGUCCGACUUUCCGAUCCCUGCCAAAAGGGGGGGGAGGGAAAAAAAAAUAAAUAAAAAAAAAAGGAAUUGAAUUGAAUUGAAAAAUCAUUUUAUUUGAUGGUCUGUCUCUGUUGCCAGGUGGAUUUUGCUACGCUAGCCAGGCUAACUACCCUGCUAACUAUCUGGUACGCUAAGUUAGCAGCUACUUAGCUGCAACAAACAGAAAGCUAAGUCAGACAUGUCUAUUUCUUCCAAAGAGCUAUUCUUCCAUAUACGUUUGUAGUGAUAAUCUACACUAGUCACACAAAUCUAAACUUUCAAAUGCACAUGUCCAACUAACUGUUCAAUGUUUCAGUACUUUUUUGCUAAGGUCAAAUUAGAUUCACCCUCUAAAGGUUAUAUUGCAUUUUAGGUUCAUCCUGAAAUUUCACCCGAAAGCCGGAUACAAAACGUUUUUGUGAACAUUGUAUGUAUUUUGAUGUGUUUUAAGAGUGAUGAGUGUAUCUUUAGUUGGAGCGUUUUGCACACUGUGUACAGAAGCACCGUCCAAAUAUGUACAGAUGUCGCCAUUGCUAACAUUGUUAGCAUCACUUCUUAUCCCAAUAAAUCAAUGACCAGUGCAA